UUUUGGUUCUGGAGCGACAGAGGGAACUUGGCAAACAAUUAAGAUACGACUCGAAGUCUUUCUGUUUCAUGUGUGUUUCGAACAGACCCUUGAACACUAUCGAGUGUCUUACUAAUGACAAAAAUACUGAAACCACUCUCCUAAGGACUGAAUCAGAUGCUUUACUAAUGCUGCAGCUAGAGCGGAAGUGGCGUUAAAUUUCGCGCAAGGAAACCGGCGCGCCAAAUUUCAAAGCACUUCCUGGGAGGAAAUCGCUAAAAAAUGUAGUAAGGAGGAAACAAUAAGAGGCAUAAUGUUCAGGUUUGUAGUAAUCUGGCGUAAUAUUUUGGGAUGAAGAUCAUCUGACUGUGACCUCACCAUCAUACAUCCAGCUGUUUGCACGAACACUUUUAUAUGAUGCUGGUGUAAACCUUUUCCUAAUUUACAGAGGAUUUUAUCUACUAUUGAAUGACUAAAGACAAUCUACAAUGGUGGGUUGUAAUCCUGCAAGCUGCAGUUCUAUGUAAGUUAUCUAAAAGUGGGUGUCAUUUUGGCUGUUUUCCCUUGUGGGCGUGCCAACAUGUUCCCUGGAAUCCAGCCCUGUUUCCAGCUGUUGAGAAUUGGAUCAUCGAGUAUUGUAAACAGCCAUGGCAAUGCUGUAUCAGACUCUGCUCAUGACCUGUACACUUUUCGGCCAGCACUUGCGCACUCUGUGUUCAGAUUGGGUAGGCUGGCAGAGUUGUGCGACGUUACCCUGGACUCAGCAACUGUUUCACGUGUACAUGCUGAGCUGCAUGCUGAAAAACAGACCGACACUGCAGGAGAGGAGAGCUGGAAGGUCCAAGUGAGGGACCGGAGCAGCUAUGGUACGUGGGUGAAUGAUGUUCGAAUCCAGUCAGGUGUCUUGUUGGAGAUAUUUGAUGGUGAUACGCUGACCUUUGGUGGCCAAACAGUGCAAGGGAGCCCAGAGUUCUAUUUCCUUUUCCAGAAGGUCAGGGUCAGUCCACAGGAAUUUGAUGCCAUAACUGUCCCAAAGGCAAGCUCUUUCUCGUCCAAUAUCAAUAACCGGAUCAGAACAAGCCUGGACUGCAAACAAGAGCCUGGUCUUGACAUUUCUAAGUUGUCCAUCAACAAAGCCACAGUCAUUCUCAACUCCAUUGGCAGCCUUAGUAAGAUCAAUGGCAGUUGCUGGACCUUCAAGAAAAAUGACAAAACCACUGGCCUAAAUUCAGCCGACACACCUUCAUUUCAAACUUUGGUGCCACCUUCAACUCCUCCUUCUCUUUCUGAUGGUCGAGAGACUGUGAAGUUCAUCCCACCAUCAUCCAAGAGUCGACGCAAAUCAGCCCACACUGUGCUUUUGGAAGAUGACAGUGUGGAGGACCAUGAUGGCUGCAGGACUGGGUUGGAGGAAGCAUGGAAAGCCAAAGCUGGGAAGAGACGACGUUUGUACAAGUCGGAGUCGGAGAUUUUCCAGUCUUCUCUGUCCAACAUGGAGUUAAGUAUGAGGCCGCAAUUUGACACCAAGCUGGUCAUGCCCAAACAAAAUGCAGUCAUUUUCAAUCAGCUGAGCAAUGGGAAACUCGAUCAUCCUCCUUUCACCUUGAUCCUGAAGCGUAAGAGUGAAAGUCCAAGCCAUAACAAAGGUGUAAAUCUGGUGAGAUGUCGGCAACAGAAGCGUUGCUCUUCAGCUCCACGUGGCAGGAGAAGGGCGAACAGCACUCCGCUAUGCUCUUCACUGGUCGUUGGAGGUGACAAUUAUCAGCUGGCCACUUCCCCAGCACAGCCAGCCAAAGCGCUGAGGGGACAUGCUGCACGGUUCCAUGCCACAACCACCAGUAGACGGCGUGGCAGACCAAGGAAGCAUCCACAACCCCAGCCUUCCCUUCCAUCUCCAUCUCCUGCUUCCUCAUCGUCAUCUAGCUCAUCGUCAUCAUCAUCAUCGUCAUCCUCAGAGGAUGAAGAUGAUGAAAAUGAGGAAGAAAUGAGGGUGGCACAGGGCAUCGAGCCUUGUGCUGCAGUGCGUUGUUGUCUGCCGCAGCAGGACACAGUGCAGUGGGUGCAGUGUGACAACUGUGACGCUUGGUAUCAUUUGGACUGCCUUCCAAGCGACCGCAACCGAGCCGCGUUCCUGUUUGAUCCUAGUGCUGAAUUCCACUGUGGCUGCUGUUGAGUGGCUCCUCUAAUGGUAAUUAAAAAGGCUGGUCAAACAGAAGCAGUGCUUCUCUAAGAUGCAUGUUUAAGCAAUAAAAUCUUUGUUGUUUGCCUGCCUCACUAUUUAUUUUUAAACAUCAGACUUGGUUGUCAGGAAAUACACUAAGCUUUAUAGCAUUGAGAUUCAGAAGUGCAUGAAUAAAUAUUUUAAUGGGUACAACUUUUUUUUAGUAACAGUGUGUGCAAAAUCUGCACCAUGGUUUAUGGGUUCCCCUACUGUUGUCCUAAAAUCAAAGGAUGUUAACAUCUUAAUAUGUUCAAGAAUCUUCUGGAUAAUGACCCAGUAUGGAAAUGAUAAAUCACUAGUAACAUAUUGUUCAUGAUAAUACCAGUGUAACAUCACAGUGUAACAUAAGUAGGGUUUUACAGUUUGAAGGUUUUGCUUGCAGUUGCACCUUUAUUUUUUCAAAAUACAAAACCAAAUUUUGGUCCAUGCACCUACUACUUUGACAGAAAAGACAAGUGUGUAUAUAUUGAUCAAAAAGCUUUUCACAAUAGAAGGCUCUUAGCUCCAGCUGUGUGUCUGUGCUUCACUGAAAAAAAGUUAGAAUUCUUGCUCAGCACAGUGUUUCCAAUGCAGCGGGUGAAAAAAAAAUGUGGUUCUUCACUUGAUAACCAGCAGGUGUAGUUUUAACACCUGGAUAUGCUCGUAUAUGUGUGCUCCAUGCCAAAACCUUCACCAGAUUUGUGAAAUGACAGCGAUGUAGUAUUUGCAAUAAGUACCUUCUGCCCAGUCACUAAAGGUCCUGGAACCUACUCACUAGGCAUUAUUGGGUCAAUGGGGUGGUGCGUUAUUUGGUGUUCCUAGAGCUGUAGAUUCACAGUUCUAGCAGGUCAGUGUGUUCUGACUUCACAUUGAGGGUCCCAUGUGUCUCUUGUGCUACCUCUCUGCUCUGAAGCUGGUAUGGACUGGUGUCAGUGGAGUCUUUUUGUUAGGGAACCACUCCCAGAUGAAUCCCUUGGAAAAGGUGGCUUCUCCUCAGCAUGUCAGACUCCAGGUCACUUUCAGUGAAAUUAAAUAUUUCUUGAGAUCUGGGAUUCAUCUGCAUCAGCUGUCACAAGCGCCACAUUCACUUUGAAUUCUAGAUAAAAUCCUGGUAGUAGGCUCUAGUGAGGAGUUAAAAGGAGCCAGAGGUACCUUACAAAAUGUAUUUGGAGCAAAAACUACAUUACUUUCAUUAUAUGAAUCUGUUGAAGGUCUCUGCUUAGGGCACAUAUCUAGGUAUUCAUCACCAUUCCUGGCAGCUAGAAGGGGAGAAAUAGAUUUUGUUUCACACCAUAUACUAAUUUUUGCUUCUGUUGCACCAAGGUUUGUUGACUAAAAUACUAUUAUUCCAUUUAAACAAACUUCAUUUCUGUACCAGUUUGCCCUCAUUUUGAAUAACUUCGCACACGAUUAGUAGCUACGUGAACAGCUUUUUUUUUUCAAGGUAGAACCUUUAAUGACUUGGAGUGCAAUUGUUUUGAGAAACACUUCCAUCUCUUAACUAUUUUGCACUGCUGAAGUUCUUAUUCACUAGCUUCAGUUUUUUUGUUCCUCCUUUAAAGAUCUAGUAGUUCAGAGGUCUGUAGAUGCUUCUUUGAAGUGCAUUAAUAUCACUCACUCAAGGAUGUUAAUUCUCUGGAUAUAAAGGUAAACUUCUGCUUAAUUCUUUGCCGUUAUCUUGUGAAUCGUUAAUACACAGGUCCCCAACCCUGGUCCUGGAGUACCUCCUCUCCUGCACAUUUUAGUGUUUGUUUUCCUCUGCUCCCAAUGCACCUGAUUCAGCUAAAAGGUUUGCUAAUUAUCAGCCAUUCCUGAAGUUGGAGUUGGCGUGUUAGAGCAGAAAAUGUGCAGGACAAUGGGUACUCCAGGACCAGGGUUGGGAGCCAGUGUAUUUGUACCAAAUAAUUUACUUGACAAUUUUUAAAUUUUAUUUAUUUUCAAAAAAAAAAUGCUGCCUAGGGGUUGGGCCUUGUGGCGGUUGUUGUUCACAGUUCUGUCUUGCUCAUGUGACAGGAUCAAAUCCUGUGGCCAAGAGUUGAGGCAUCUUUGCUGCACUGUCAAGUGGAUGUUGUGUUUUAUGGGAGGAUGGUAAAAUUAUGCAUAACGUAUUGCUUAGUCAGAUUCAUGUGGUUAUUUACACUGAAAAUCAAUUCAUUCCUUAGAAAAAAAAAGAAAAAUAUUUGGCCAUCUAAAUGUUGUGUUGUACAUUAACGCAGGGAAUGAAAUAGCAUCUUUAAGAAAUAAACAUUUAGUUUCUCAUUAAAAAGACAUUUUUCUAAUCGUGCAAGCUGAGUGGACAACCCACUAUACUAAAGUACUGCUUCAUUGAUGAACUUGCAUGGAAUUAAAUCUGUGCUCCUGCUGAUUCUAUAGAAAUUCUAUUACAGUCUUCCUUGUUAUUUGAGGUUUUGACUCAUUAAAAGCCGCAGCGAGGAAAAUGCUUUUGGCAGCUCGAAAGUUAAAUGUGUAAUAUAUGAUCAUGGAAUAGACUGAAGGUCUUUGUAGCACUGUUCUAGCAAAUCAUUGUGUCUUUAUGAUGACCACCAUGACACUGACUUCACGUGAGCUCACAUGCAAAGAACAGCUUUGUUUUUAAUGACAGUAAGUCAAAACUUUUCAUGGUCGUUAUAUUAUGCUUUCCAGAAGACUUUUUUGUUUCUGUCUUUUAAUAGCAAAUUUUCUUCUAAUAUUAAUGUAAGCUUUGAGUGUGAGCUCUAGCUCUACUAACCAUUAGCAGGUGCAGGGGUGGACAAAUCACUAGCCAGAUAUGUUUGUUCAACAGUAAAAAAUAAAAUAAAUCGAGUUCUAAUUGCCUUUCACAAAACAAAAUGUUGAAUUUGGUUUGUAGGUUACGUUUAUCUUGGUUUAUGCCACUACAUGUACGUCGAAUGAGGCAGGAUCUGGAUGAUGCGAGAACAGUUUUUGCUAGGCAGAUUAAUUAGUGUGCACGAAUGAUGGAUCUUUUUCAGAAACAGGAACUCCGGGCGGGCGGCACGGUGGUGUAGUGGUUAGCGCUGUCGCCUCACAGCAAGAAGGUCCGGGUUCAAGCCCCGUGGCCGACGAGGGCCUUUCUGUGCGGAGUUUGCAUGUUCUCCCCGUGUCCGCAUGGGUUUCCUCCGUGUGCUCCGGUUUCCCCCACAGUCCAAAGACAUGCAGGUUAGGUUAACUGGUGACUCUAAAUUGACCGUGAGUGUGAAUGGUUGUCUGUGUCUAUGUGUCAGCCCUGUGAUGACCUGGCAACUUGUCCAGGGUGUACCCCGCCUUUCGCCUGUAGUCAGCUGGGAUAGGCUCCAGCUUGCCUACAACCCUGUAGAACAGGAUAAAGCGGCUAGAGAUGAUGAGAUGAGAUGAGGAACUCCAGGCGAUGUAGAAACUGAUGAACCCAAGUAAAAUAAAUUGUAACCUCCUGGUUAAACAUCUGAACAAGCAGCCAACAGCCAGACUCCAAUGUUAGCUGAUGUUUUGUUGAGGGCACAAACCCGAUGUGCCACUUUAAUGUUGUUAGAAAAGAAUAAUAAUCAUCCUCGUAUGUUUUCCUUUAGUCUGUAUUAACGAACUUAACUAGCUCACCAUACACCGAUCAGCCAUAACAUUAUGAUCACUGAGAGGUGAAGUGAAUAACAUUUGAUUAUCUCCUUACAAUGGCACCUGUCAAGGGAUGGGAUAUAUUAUUCAGCAAGAGGACAGUCAGUUCUUGAAUUUGGUGUGUUGGGAAGCAGGAAAAAUGGGCAAGCAUAAGGAUCUGAGUGACUUUGAUAAGGGCCGAAUUGUGAUGGCUAGAUGACUGGGUCUGAGCGUCUCCAAAAUGGCAAAUUUUGUGGGGUGUCAAAGGAAGGAGACCUUCCUUCACCUCUCAUUGGUCAUAAUGUUAUUGCUCAUUGGUGUAUAGUGUUACAUUGUUUUAUCCCCCCCCCCCCCCCCCCCCCCUUUUUAAAUGUAUUUAUUUAUUUUUUUAAAUCUGGUCAGUUACGUUUUUGGGCAUGUACCCUGGAGCGUUUACAUGCUCGGUGGACUAGCUAGUUAAUUUAUGAUUUGCCCACCCCUGUGGUGGCUAUUUAAGGAUAGAAUAUGUGCUGUCAUGAGUGUACGUCGUCUUUCACUAUUUUCACUUUAUUGCUUUACCUAAGAUGACUAUGUGCAGUUCUUUUACAAAAUGGCUGUUUGUCAUAAUUGGAAAUCAGGGACUGAAUAAAAACGUAUGGAAAGAGA